CACUAAUGGGUUGUCCAAAUUAUCAGUCAUAUGAUAUGAUGCACUAUAUUUGUAUUUAUAAUAUUAACUUUGUUUCUACAGCACUUGGACAUAUUGACAAGACAUUACCACCAGAAAUCAACAAAACAAGAGAAUUUUCUACAAACGCAACGACAUGCCCGAAAAUUUGCCUCGAUAUAAUGUUUCUAUUGGAUGGUUCCGGUUCAAUGAACACGUUCGAGUUCCAGGAAAUGUCGAAGUUUGUUUCGAGAGUCGUGGAAACGUUUAACUUAACGACCACUAGGGUGGGGGUGAUGCAAUUCUCACACUGGUUCAAUGAAAGAUCCAUCUACGACCAACCUUACAUGGAAAGUGAGAUCCCACUUGGUCAGUUUGGGUCAACCAUCCAGUUCAAGGUGGCAUUGUCCUCAAUGCGUCACCAUGGUUACACCUCGUUUACGGCGCAUGCGAUCCACAAAGCCGUGUUUAUCGAUCUUGCUUCGUCAAACAGGUUCACUGACCCUUGCACAAGGAAGGUCAUCGUGGUUAUUAUGGAUGGGAGGUCCCUGGAUAAAUACAUGCUUUCAACAAACGCAAACGCAGCGCGUGUACUUGGUGUCACCAUGUACGCUGUAGGGGUGUCCAAUUAUUCAAGGCAGGAGCUACAGAUAAUCGCAAAUGGAAAGAUCGGCGACAACGAUCGCGUUUACACGUCGCCCAACUUUAACCUUCUGCAUACAAAGAUCAACGUGCUUAGCGAACAUAUAAAGAUGCUUACAUCAUCAGAACAAUCCCCAUGAAUUAUCACAAUUGGGAAUUCCCCCAUGCUAUGCUGCAACUGCCGCUGUUAAAGUUCCAGAAGCUUGGAGUCACCCUGUUAAUGUUUUUGCACCAACUGUAGUGUUUAUGGGUCAACCUGUUUGCAUUCAACAUUAAUUUUAUAUCACAAAAUUAAUUCAUGUUAUGAUGUAGUGAAGUAGGGGAAGAUGGGAGUAUCGGACAUCUUUUUAUAUUCUAUUUUCUCGUCCCAUUUGGUUGUAAACAAAGAACAUUCAAGGAAUUAUAAAACCGUAUUCUCACGACUCCCAUAUACCGUUGUUAAUUGUUUGAAACGCGAUCUGGAUAUUUUGAUAUUAUGUGCUAAAGGUGUCCCAUCUUCCCUUACAUUACUAUGUAGGCCUAAAAAUAUUUAAUCUUAAAUCCAUUUAUUGGUGUUCACCAGGUUGUCCCAUAGGUGUUUUCAAUUUACCCAAAGUGCUAGUUCCAUGUUUUAUAAGCGGUGUGCUGUUUUUAUAAAUCACCCUUUUAUUUGAGUUGGUAUAAACACAUUCCUGUGGCUUUGUAGGUUCA